CGGCCGUACGUUCCGCUGGUGGUGGGGGCGGACUGGGCUCCUGCUUCCGGUGUGGUGUCAUGGCGGCCUCGGAGCUCUGAUGGCUGCGGGGAGCUGAGAAGCCGAGACCUAGACAGGGACACAGAGACCCUCCCCGCCCCCUCCCUCUCUCCCCUCGGGGAGCCGCCCCCCCUCCCGGCCGGGCAGGCGGCGGGACAUGGCGGCCCACAAGCCGGUGGAGUGGGUGCAGGCCGUGGUGAACCGCUUCGACGAGCAGCUUCCCAUAAAAGCUGGCCAGCAGAAUACUCACACCAAAGUCAGCACAGAACAUAAUAAGGAAUGUCUCAUAAACAUUUCCAAGUACAAGUUUUCCCUGGUCAUAAGUGGUCUCACUAAUAUCUUAAAAAAUGUUAACAAUAUGAGGAUAUUUGGAGAAGCUGCUGAAAAGAAUUUAUAUCUCUCUCAGCUGAUUAUAUUGGAUACACUGGAAAAAUGUCUUGCUGGGCAACCAAAGGACACGAUGCGACUAGAUGAGACAAUGCUGGUCAAACAGUUGCUGCCAGAAAUCUGCCAUUUUAUCCAUACAUACCGUGAAGGAAACCAACAUGCAGCCGAACUUCGCAAUUCUGCCUCUGGGGUUCUCUUCUCUCUCAGUUGCAAUAAUUUUAAUGCAGUCUUCAGCCGCAUUUCUACCAGAUUACAGGAACUGACUGUGUGUUCGGAAGAUAAUGCUGAUGUUCAUGAUAUUGAACUUUUACAGUAUAUUAGUGUGGACUGCAUAAAACUGAAACGAAUAUUGCAAGAGACCGUAUUUAAGUUUAAAGCCCUAAAGAAAGUAGCUCAACUGGCAGUUAUAAACAGUCUUGAAAAGGCAUUUUGGAACUGGGUGGAAAACUAUCCUGAUGAAUUCACAAAGCUGUACCAGACACCACAGACUGAUAUGGCAGAUUGUGCAGAGAAGUUGUUUGACUUGGUGGAUGGGUUUGCCGAAAGCACGAAACGUAAAGCAGCAGUUUGGCCACUGCAAAUCAUUCUUCUUGUCCUGUGUCCAGAAAUCAUUCAAGAUAUAGCCAAGGAUGUGGUGGAGGAAACCAAAAUAAACAAGAAACUGUUUCUGGACAACCUCAGGAAAGCACUUGCAAGCCAUAGUGGGAGCAGACAGCUGACUGAAAGUGCUGCUAUUGCUUGUGUUAAACUGUGCAAAGCAUCUACCUACAUCAACUGGGAAGAUAAUUCUGUCAUUUUCCUUCUAGUGCAGUCCAUGGUUGAUGAUCUUAAGACCUUGCUGUUUAAUCCAAGUAAACCUUUCUCAAGAGGCAAUCAGAAUGCAGAUGUAGACCUUAUGAUAGACUGCUUAGUUUCCUGCUUUCGCAUAAACCCUCAGAACAACCCAUACCUUAAGAUCUGCUUGGCACAGAAUUCCCCAUCAACGUUUCAUUAUGUGCUGGUAAACUCACUCCAGCGAAUAAUCACAAAUUCUGAAGUAGACUGGUGGCCCAAGAUUGAUGCUGUGUACUGUCAUUCCGUGGAACUCCGCAGCAUGUUCAGUGAAACACUUCAAAAAGCUGUGCAGAGUUGUGGGGCGCAUCCAGCAAUUCGUAUGACACCGAGUCUUACAUUUAAAGAGAAAAUGACAAGCCUUAAAUUUAAAGAAAAACCUACAGACUUGGAAACCAGAAGUUAUAAGUUUUUGCUGUUAUCCAUGGUAAAACUGUUACAUGCUGAUCCAAAGCUCUUGCUGUAUAAUCCAAGGAAGCAAGGGCCUGAGACACAGAGCAGCACUGCUGAAUUAAUUACUGGACUUGUACAACUUGUUCCACAGUCCAACAUGCCAGAAAUAGCCCAAGAAGCCAUGGAGGCCUUGCUAGUUCUUCAUCAGUUAGACAGCAUUGAUUUAUGGAAUCCAGAUGCACCCAUAGAAACAUUUUGGGAAAUUAGUUCACAAAUGCUUUUCUAUAUCUGCAAGAAACUAACUGGUCAUCAGAUGCUCAGCAGCACAGAAAUCCUCAAGUGGUUGCGUGAGAUUCUGAUCUGUAGGAACAAAUUUCUUCUAAAAAAUAAAGAAAUGCCUUCAAGGAGCUUCAAGAGAUGUGUUCUGGAACAAACAUGCCCAUUUCAGCAAUCAGAUAGGAGUUCCUGUCAUUUUCUCUUCCUUUAUGGGGUAGGAUGUGAUGUCUCUGGCGGUGGAGCUAGUCAGCUUUCUCUUGACCAUGAAGAGAUGCGCUGUGCUCCGGGAGCUACCCUCAGGAAAGGAAAAGGCAACUCUUCCAUGGAAAGUACAGCAGGAUGCAGUGGAACUCCAAUAUGUCGCCAAGCCCAAACAAAAUUAGAGGUUGCCCUGUACAUGUUUCUGUGGAGUCCUGACAUUGAGGCAGUUCUUGUUGCGAUGUCCUGUUUCCGUCAUCUCUGUGAGGAAGCAGAUAUCAGGUGUGGAGUAGAUGAAGUCUCGGUACAUAAUUUUUUGCCAAACUACAACACCUUCAUGGAGUUUGCGUCUGUCAGCAAUAUGAUGUCAACAGGGAGAGCAGCUCUUCAGAAAAGAGUGAUGGCAUUAUUAAGGCGCAUUGAACAUCCAACUGCAGGCAACACUGAAGCAUGGGAAGAUACACAUGCAAAGUGGGAACAAGCUACAAAACUAAUCCUCAACUACCCAAAGACCAAAAUGGAAGAUGGCCAGGUUACUGAUAGUCUUCACAAGACAAUUGUGAGGCGACGAAUGUCUCAUGUUAGUGGGGGAGGCUCCAUAGACUUGUCUGACACGGAUUCUCUGCAGGAAUGGAUCAACAUGACAGGGUUCUUGUGUGCUCUCGGAGGAGUGUGUCUCCAGCAUCGUAGCAAUGCAGGAUUAGCAACUUACAGCCCACCCAUGGGUCCAAUCAAUGAGCGUAAAGGCUCCAUGAUAUCUAUGAUAUCCACCGAGGGAAAUGCAGAGACUCCUGUUAGCAAAUUCAUAGAUAGAUUACUAUCGCUAAUGGUCUGUAACCAUGAGAAAGUGGGACUUCAGAUACGGACUAAUAUUAAAGAUCUGGUGGGCCUGGAAUUGAGUCCAGCACUUUAUCCCAUGCUGUUUAACAAACUGAAGAAUACCAUCAGCAAAUUUUUUGACUCUCAAGGACAGGUUUUGUUAACUGAAACCAACACACAAUUUGUAGAGCAGACAAUUGCUAUAAUGAAAAACCUGCUUGAUAAUCAUACUGAUGGGAGCUCAGAACAUCUGGGGCAAGCCAGCAUAGAGACCAUGAUGCUAAAUCUAGUCAGAUACGUACGUGUGCUUGGAAAUUUGGUACAUGCAAUUCAAAUAAAAACUAAACUCUGUCAGCUAGUGGAGGUAAUGAUGGAGAGGCGAGAUGACCUUUCGUUUUGCCAAGAGAUGAAAUUUAGGAACAAAAUGGUGGAAUAUCUGACAGACUGGGUUAUGGGCACAUCCAACCAAGCAACAGAUGAAGACGUAAAAUGCCUGACAAGAGAUCUAGACCAAGCAAGUAUGGAAGCAGUGGUCUCUCUUCUCGCUGGGCUUCCACUACAGCCUGAAGAAGGAGAUGGUGUUGAACUGAUGGAAGCCAAAUCCCAAUUAUUUCUUAAAUAUUUCACUCUAUUUAUGAAUCUUCUAAAUGACUGUAGUGAAGUUGAAGAUGAAAGUGCACAAACAGGUGGCAGGAAACGUGGAAUGUCUCGAAGACUGGCUUCGUUGCGACACUGCACUGUUCUUGCUAUGUCAAACUUACUCAAUGCUAAUGUGGACAGUGGCCUUAUGCACUCAAUAGGCUUAGGUUAUCACAAAGAUCUCCAAACAAGAGCUACGUUCAUGGAAGUCCUCACCAAAAUUCUACAGCAGGGUACAGAGUUUGAUACACUAGCAGAAACUGUACUAGCAGAUCGGUUUGAGAGAUUGGUGGAAUUGGUCACUAUGAUGGGUGACCAAGGAGAGCUACCUAUUGCUAUGGCAUUGGCCAAUGUGGUGCCUUGUUCGCAGUGGGAUGAACUAGCUCGUGUCCUGGUCACUCUCUUUGACUCUCGGCACUUGCUCUACCAGCUGCUUUGGAACAUGUUUUCUAAGGAAGUGGAACUGGCAGAUUCCAUGCAGACUCUGUUCAGGGGAAAUAGUUUGGCCAGUAAAAUAAUGACUUUCUGUUUUAAGGUAUAUGGUGCUACAUAUCUGCAGAAGCUCUUGGAACCUUUAUUAAGGACCGUGAUCAUGUCCUCUGAAUGGCAACAUGUCAGCUUUGAGGUGGAUCCUACAAGAUUGGAGCAUACAGAAAGUCUUGAAGCCAACCAACGGAGUCUCCUGCAGAUGACUGAGAAAUUCUUCCAUGCAAUCAUUAAUUCCUCUUCUGAGUUUCCACCCCAGCUUCGCAGCGUGUGCCAUUGUCUGUACCAGGCAACUUGCCACUCUCUACUGAAUAAAGCUACCGUAAAAGAAAAAAAGGAAAACAAAAAAUCAGUUGUCAGCCAGCGGUUUCCUCAGAACAGCAUUGGAGCAGUUGGAAGUGCCAUGUUCCUAAGGUUCAUCAAUCCUGCAAUUGUCUCCCCUUAUGAGGCAGGGAUUUUAGAUAAAAAGCCUCCACCUAGAAUUGAAAGGGGCUUGAAGUUAAUGUCAAAGAUACUUCAAAGUAUUGCCAACCAUGUCUUGUUUACGAAAGAAGAACAUAUGCGGCCUUUUAAUGACUUUGUAAAAAGCAACUUUGAUGCAGCACGAAGGUUUUUUCUUGAUAUUGCAUCUGAUUGUCCUGCUAGUGACACUGUCAAUCACAGUCUCUCCUUCAUUAGUGAUGGCAAUGUACUUGCCUUACACCGUUUACUUUGGAACAAUCAGGAGAAGAUUGGCCAGUAUCUUUCCAGCAACAGAGAUCACAAAGCUGUUGGAAGGCGACCUUUUGACAAAAUGGCUACUCUUCUUGCCUACCUGGGUCCACCUGAGCACAAGCCUGUGGCAGACACACACUGGUCCAGUCUAAAUCUCACCAGUUCCAAAUUUGAAGAAUUUAUGACUAGGCACCAGGUACAUGAAAAAGAGGAGUUCAAGGCAUUGAAAACAUUAAAUAUUUUCUAUCAAGCCGGGACGUCAAAAGCUGGCAAUCCUGUUUUCUACUACAUUGCUCGGCGGUUCAAAACAGGUCAGAUCAACGGUGAUUUAUUGAUAUACCAUGUUCUUCUAACUUUGAAGCCAUACUAUGCUAAGCCAUAUGAGAUUGUAGUGGACCUCACUCACGCCGGGCCCAGCAAUCGCUUUAAAACAGACUUCCUUUCCAAGUGGUUUGUAGUGUUUCCAGGCUUCGCUUAUGAAAAUGUCUCAGCAGUUUAUAUUUACAACUGCAACUCUUGGGUAAGAGAAUACACCAAAUACCACGAGAGGCUUCUGACAGGCCUGAAAGGCAGCAAAAGACUUAUUUUCAUAGACUCUCCCGGGAAAUUGGCAGAACACAUUGAACAUGACCAGCAGAAACUUCCAGCUGCUACCUUGGCUUUGGAAGAAGACUUGAAAGUAUUCCACAAUGCUCUCAAACUCGCCCACAAAGACACCAAAGUUUCUAUUAAAGUUGGGUCUACCGCUGUGCAGGUAACAUCAGCAGAUCGAACAAGAGUCCUGGGACAGACAGUGUUUCUAAAUGACAUUUACUAUGCCUCUGAGAUUGAGGAGAUAUGUCUAGUUGAUGAGAACCAGUUCACCUUAACCAUUGCCAACCAAGGCACACCACUCACCUUCAUGCAUCAGGAGUGCGAAGCCAUCGUGCAGUCCAUCAUUCACAUACGGACUCGAUGGGAGCUGUCACAACCAGACUCCAUCCCACAGCAUACUAAAAUCCGCCCUAAGGAUGUCCCUGGAACACUACUGAAUAUAGCAUUGCUUAACCUGGGAAGCUCAGACCCUAGUUUACGGUCUGCUGCCUAUAAUCUUCUGUGUGCCUUAACCUGUACCUUUAAUUUAAAGAUUGAGGGCCAGUUACUGGAGACUUCAGGUCUGUGUAUCCCUGCCAACAACACCCUUUUUAUUGUGUCAAUUAGUAAGACUCUGGCAGCUAAUGAGCCACACCUUACCUUAGAGUUUUUGGAAGAGUGUAUUUCUGGAUUUAGCAAAUCUAGUAUUGAACUGAAACACCUUUGCCUGGAAUAUAUGACUCCCUGGUUGUCGAAUCUGGUCCGAUUCUGUAAGCACAAUGAUGAUGCUAAACGCCAACGAGUCACAGCUAUUCUUGAUAAGCUUAUAACGAUGACAAUAAAUGAGAAACAGAUGUAUCCUUCCAUUCAAGCAAAGAUAUGGGGGAGUCUUGGACAGAUAACAGAUCUACUUGAUGUAGUGCUGGACAGUUUCAUCAAAACCAGUGCCACAGGGGGCUUGGGAUCCAUAAAAGCUGAGGUUAUGGCAGACACAGCUGUAGCACUGGCUUCUGGAAAUGUGAAACUGGUUUCAAGCAAAGUAAUAGGGAGGAUGUGCAAAAUAAUCGACAAGACUUGUCUGUCUCCAACUCCUACAUUAGAGCAACACCUGAUGUGGGAUGAUAUUGCCAUUCUAGCACGUUACAUGCUGAUGCUCUCCUUUAACAAUUCUCUUGAUGUGGCAGCACAUCUCCCCUACCUCUUCCAUGUAGUUACUUUGUUGGUGGCCACUGGUCCUCUUUCCCUUAGAGCUUCCACCCAUGGCCUGGUCAUCAACAUCAUUCAUUCUCUGUGCACUUGUUCACAACUUCACUUUAGCGAGGAGACGAAGCAAGUUUUGAGACUUAGCUUGACAGAGUUCUCGCUGCCCAAGUUUUAUUUGUUGUUUGGAAUCAGCAAAGUGAAAUCAGCAGCUGUCAUAGCAUUCCGAUCCAGUUAUCGGGAUAGGUCAUUCUCUCCUGGUUCAUACGAGAGGGAGACUUUUGCACUGACUUCCCUGGAAACAGUUACUGAAGCUCUGCUGGAGAUCAUGGAGGCUUGUAUGAGAGAUAUUCCAACAUGCAAGUGGCUGGACCAGUGGACAGACCUAGCACAAAAGUUUGCAUUCCAAUAUAAUCCAUCUCUGCAACCAAGAGCACUUGUCGUCUUUGGCUGUAUCAGUAAACGAGUGUCGCAUGGGCAAAUAAAACAAAUAAUCCGAAUUCUUAGCAAGGGACUUGAGAGCUGUUUAAAAGGUCCUGAUAAUUACAACAGCCAAGUUCUUAUAGAAGCCACAGUUAUCGCACUAACCAAGCUGCAGCCACUUCUUAAUAAGGACUCUCCUAUGCACAAGGCCCUCUUUUGGGUGGCAAUGGCAGUGCUGCAGCUAGAUGAAGUUAACCUUUAUUCAGCAGGUACAGCACUACUUGAGCAAAAUCUACAUACCUUAGAUAGCCUUCGGGUAUUCAAUGACAAGAGCCCAGAAGAAGUAUUUAUGGAAAUCAGGAGACCUUUGGAAUGGCACUGCAAACAGAUGGAUCAUUUUGUUGGACUCAACUUUAACUCUAACUUUAAUUUUGCACUAGUAGGACAUCUUCUAAAAGGAUACAGGCAUCCCUCUCCUACCAUCGUAGCAAGGACAGUAAGGAUUUUACACACACUACUAGCUCUGGUUAACAAACAUAGGAAUUGUGACAAGUUCGAGGUGAAUACCCAGAGUGUGGCUUAUCUUGCAGCUUUGCUGACAGUGUCUGAGGAAGUUCGAAGUCGCUGCAGCCUAAAACAUAGGAAGUCUCUCUUGCUGACAGAGGUUUCAAUGGAAAAUGUUCCUAUGGAUACAUAUCCCAUACAUCACAGUGACACCAGCUGUAGGACACUAAAGGAAAACCAACCGUGGUCCUCUCCAAAGGGGUCAGACAGACAUCUUGCUGCCAAUUACCCCACAGUGGGACAGAUUAGUCCACGAACACGAAAAUCCAUGAGCUUGGAUAUGGGACAGCCUUCACAAGCCAACACUAAAAAGCUACUAGGUACAAGGAAAAGUUUUGACCACUUGAUAUCAGACACAAAGGCUCCUAAAAGGCAAGAAAUCGAAUCUGGGAUUACCACACCCCCCAAAAUGAGGAGAGUAGCUGAAAAUGACUAUGACAUGGAAACCCAGAGAAUAUCACCCCAACAACACCCACACCUUCGGAAAGUUUCUGUGUCUGAGUCUAAUGUCCUCCUGGAUGAAGAGGUCCUUACUGAUCCAAAAAUUCAAGCCCUGCUGCUUACUGUCCUUGCAACAUUAGUGAAGUACACUACAGAUGAAUUUGACCAACGAAUUCUUUAUGAGUAUUUAGCAGAAGCCAGUGUCGUCUUCCCAAAGGUUUUUCCUGUUGUGCACAAUUUAUUGGAUUCCAAGAUCAAUACCCUUUUGUCACUGUGCCAAGACCCAAAUUUGUUGAAUCCAAUUCAUGGGAUUGUUCAGAGUGUUGUCUACCAUGAAGAAUCUCCACCCCAGUACCAAACUUCUUACCUACAAAGUUUUGGAUUUAAUGGGUUGUGGAGGUUUGCUGGGCCAUUCUCUAAGCAAACACAAAUCCCAGACUAUGCUGAGCUUAUAGUGAAGUUUCUUGAUGCCUUGAUUGACACAUAUUUGCCUGGAAUUGAUGAGGAAACCAGUGAGGAAUCCCUACUGACGCCUACAUCUCCUUAUCCUCCUGCAGUGCAGAGCCAGCUUAGUAUUACUGCAAACCUUAACCUUUCUAAUUCUAUGACCUCACUCGCAACUUCCCAGCAUUCCCCAGGAAUUGACAAGGAGAAUGUCGAACUCUCCCCUACCACAGGACACUCCAACAGCGGAAGGACACGCCAUGGGUCCGCAAGUCAAGUGCAAAAGCAGCGAAGCGCUGGCAGUUUCAAACGUCACAGCUCUAAAAAGAUUGUGUGAAGCAUUUUUUUUUUAUAAACUGACUUAUGUACAUGGGCUUCACUAGUGGCCCUCCACCAGUUGUGAUGCUGCACUUAAUUCUUAACGUUCCCAUCCCACCAGCCAUGUUGCCAGAUGAUCAACUCUUAAAACAUUGCCUGAAUUUUAAUGCCUUCUUUUCUUUUCUUCUAUUUUUUGGUUUAAGCCAGUAUUUCAGAACCAUUCAACGGAACCAUUUGUAGAUCCUGAAGAACUUCGUAGAUGAAUGAAGUACGGAAUUCUUUAACAGUGCAGUACAGUAGCUGUCCAAAUAUGAAAGCCAUUUCUCAUAGACCGUUUUACCUUGCUUCUGUUAUAUGCCUUGUUUGUUUCUUCUUUAAAGGAAAGUGUUAAUGUUUAAUCCUGUUUUGCACACUUUUCAAAUUAAUGGCUUUAUGAGCCAGGGAAGUACUAUAAUCCUUGUUAAUUCAAACCCUUCAGAUUUUUAGCUGUGGACUUUUUUUUACCAUACUUAAAAGCAACCUUGAAAUUAGCCACAGUGCAGUAAACCUAACCUAAGGUGGUUGAUAAAUUACAUCUUUAGUAAUUAGCAAUAAAUUUAAGAGGAGGAGGAGGCCACUUGUGUCUCUUCAUUUGCCAGAAAGUAGCUUCAUAUAUUUGGAACUGUGUAUGGACCAGACUGGACAAACUGACUUUUUCCAAAGCAAAUUUUAUUUUUUGCUGAACUUUGACUGCACUAAAAGAAAUGGAUGUAUAGAGAAAAGUAAAUCAUCAAGAACUGACUAUUAAUUAUGCUCUCUUAGUAGCUGCUUGGAAAAUUUAUUACUUUUUUUGUUACCACAUAUCCUAUAUGUUACUUUUGCCCUUUCCACCAAUUUUAUGCACCUUCAAGUUCUGGCAGAAUAACUAUUUGUGAAAGUUGUAUGAAGUAACUUUCAACUCACUCAGAAUUUUGUUUAGCAAAACUGCAUGUGUGCUGCCCAUGCAAUGAUACAAAAUCAUUAAUGUUCACUUCAAUGCAAAAUGGUACAUGAAUUUAAAAAUAACUGACAUUUUUGUCAAAGACAGGUUUUGUAUGAAUGUUUGCAAUGCAAUUUCUGCUAUCAGCGUAGACAUUUCUCUCAAAUUUGUCUAGCAGAAUUUUCCAUUUUUUUUAAACUUGCAAAAAUUGUGUUUGGGGUUUAUACGAAGUAAACUGAAAUUGCUUUCUAUCACUGUGAAAGACUCAUCAACUUACAGUAGUAUAUUAACAAUGGAUGACUGUGAUAAUAUGCUGCUAUGUUGAAUGAUAUGUAAUGAAGUAGCACGCUGCAAAUACUAUCUCUAUGGACUAAAAAUGUGCGUAACAUUUUGAUCUCAGAGGUAAAUAUAAAUUCUGACAAAAGAGGGCAUGUCAUCUGGGUGCUCACUUUAGGGCUAAAUAUAUCUACUGUUAAUGCCAGGUGGUCCCUGUUGUAUGUUAGGAUUUAGCAAUUUAUGAAUGGCUUGAAAGAAAAAAGUAUAUAGUAUUUAAAAAAACAAACAAAAAAAACCCCUCCCAUAGUGCGAUUUCAGUAGUGGCUUUCAGUAAAUCAAACUCCACAGCUAAAUUAAUAGAGAAUGGUACAACUAAGUGUUCACAUUUUAUUGAUAUAGCACAUUAUUCACAUUUAUUCACACAGUAACAGUGUAACAUGUUUAUGUAAAUAAAAAUUUGCCUUUAUUGUAUUGAUUCAGAAAAUAACAAUUUAAUUUUUUUAAUUUGUUUACAGUCCUGGAAAAACUAUGAACACAAACUUAAUAUGCAAAUAGUUUGCCAAAAUAAGAGGAAAACUUAGAAUUAGUAGUUAUCUUGAAAUAGAUAUGUUGGAAAAUAUUGAAGACUUGUGCAAUUAACCAAACUUUUUUUAUUCUUGAUCACGUAGGAGCUGCAGUAGAAACUUAAUUAUUAAAAUUCUACAAAAGCUAUGUAUGAAAUGGGUUAUGAGGAUAGAACUGAAUUUAGGAAUAGAGCAAUGACCAAUGCCAGGUACUAAGCUGCUAUGCAUUCAUAACCUUGGAUAUCACAGAUAAAAUCUCUUCCAUCUAGUACAUCCAAUUGUGUAGUAGUCAGUUUCAAAAUCUGUCAGUUUAAAACCUUGAUCAUAUUGAAUCAAGCUAAUUCUAGCCCUGUCAGUUUUCUCAGUGUUGAGUUUUGUUAAAGAUAAUGAAUCCUAAACAAAACUCACUAAUACAUUUUUUCUCACCAUAAGGCGGGGAAAUCUUUUUAAGGUAAUAUGCUGUUAGAAAAUAGAAGCUUUUAGCUCUUUCAGUUUCCCUGGUGAGCUAAUUUUAAAAAAUAUUGCUUUUUUCAUGUUUAUUACCAAAUCAGUUUGGGUUGGGUUGAGUGUAUUUAAAACUACCUUUUCCAGAGUUCUGAGAUUGCCUGAAGAAAUUGGAAUUCAUAAAAACUAUGUGCAUUUGAAAUGUGUAUGUUGUGAAAUCAAAAUACAGUGAUCAAAAUUAUCCUUCAUGUGACAACCACAGGAGUCUCUCAAUAUCCACUUGACCAAAACUGAUUCCAUGUAAAAUAGGCAAUAAAAAGUAACUCACCAUAGUAAAAUGUCCUUGGGUGGGAGGGAUUGUCUCAACAUUUCUACCAUUAAGUUGGGUCAGAAGAUCUGAACCUUCUAGAGCAGGGGUGCCAAACUCAUUUGGAGGUGAAGGCUGUAUUCUAUGGUUUAUUCUAGUCUGUGGGCCAGCGUAUAAAUUCAGGACCAUAUAUAUACUCUCCACACUGUACAGUGGAACAGCCACCAGUGUUGGUCGGAGGGUUACAAAGAGAUCAAGGGAAGAACAUGGUCUUUAUAUAGUGACUAACCAUCUAGUGAUAAGUUAUUUGUUCAGUGCCUUAUUGUCACAUUCUUCACUCAGAAAAUCUGCUCCCCAGUAGACCCACUGCUACAUGUUCUUUCUUAAUUCCUUACUCUCCUUUCUUGUUUUUUUCCCCCUUUUCUUGUCUGAGACUUCUGCCCUUUUCUCUGCAUUUCUUUCCCUGUGGCAACUGCCACUUCUCAAUACAGUGCUUCACUCCCUCCCCCGGCACCUAUUUCUUUUACUAAAAUGGUCAGUGAUUAAAUAGUUAAUAUCGAGCCUGAAGUAUCACUGGGCUUCUGGUACUCCAGUCCAAUUAACAGGGAACAGAGGAGUUCACACCUGAGUCAUUGUUUCAGACAGCUGCAGACUCAGCAGCCAUCACUGCAUUGGUUACACUCUGUUUGUGGGCCCUAGACACUUUGAUUUACAGGAAAGCUUAGAUUUUGGAGACUCUGCUUCUGACAUGCGGACCACAUAAAUACAUCACGGGGACCGUAUGUUUGACACCCCUGUUUUAGAGCAUGUUUAUCCAUUAUGCAUUAACCACAUUAAGUACUGUAAAGAAGAUUGACAUCUUAUUGUUUGUGUUUGUAUUUUCCCUGACUUAAAGUUAACUCGGUAGUAUUUUAAUAGUGCAUAACCUACCUGUUAAUUAUACCAAUGCUUCUGCUUUAAUGUGCAUGCAAUUUAUUUUCCAUGAAAGGAAACAUUUCAAAUAAGUAUUGUGGACUGAGCAUUUAGGAAAGUGCCAGUGCUCUAUUCCUAAUUGGUUUGUAGCUUUUAGGGCUUUUUCUGUUUCAUUCUAAGGUUAAUAUUUUUCAGAUGUAAUUAAGCACGUUUUAAUGUUAUGCAACAGACUUACCACAGAAAGUCACUUUUAGUGUUGGCCACACAAUUUUUUUUAAUGCAGUAUAUUCACCUGUAAAUAGAUUUUGUGUAAAAUUUGACAAAGUAUAUUUACUACACUGUAAAUACAUGUGACAAUAUAUUGUAUUAUUUUGCUUUUUUGUAAAGCAGUUAGUUGCUGUAUAUGUAUAACAUACAAAUUUGAUUAUUCUAGUGUUAGUAAUUGUUAACUACUACUUCUCCUUCCUGCUGGUGCGUUAUGUCAUUUAAAGAAGAAAAAAUGCUGUGUACUAUAAACUUACACUGUGUAUGAUAACUUACUAUUUCCAUUUGGGCCUCAACUUUGAAAAUGUUUCCUUGAUUUACAAUCCUGUUAAUAUUGUAAGCAAGUGUGCAGCAGCCGGUGAGAAUCCUGCUGACUCGAACACAGUUGGUAACUUGUAGGUAAAACUGUAGAAAUUAUGGUUUCAAAUAAUUGUUGUUCACCCUAUUUUCCCCUCAUGUAUGUACUUCCCUUUUUUUGAAGUAAAAUGUAAAUUCAACCUG